AUGUCUCAGUCCGGAUCCUACCCAGACCCAGACGUGUCAAAUGGCACCAUUGUCUACGGCCCACUAGGUAUUUGUUCAGACCUUGAUACCCCGAGAGGAAGAGAAGAGGAGGAGGGAGAAGAAGAUGAUGAGGAGGUGGAACUAGCCGAGGAAGUGGGGGAGGAGGUUUUGAUGAUGACUGAAGCAGAAGAGGGGCAAGCCGAACAAGACAGCAGAGAGCAGAGUGAAAGGGAGGAAGUGAGGGUUACCCAAGUGGCCCUGAUACCAAAUGAAGCAAUACGAGAGGGGGAGAGACCAGGUGCCAGACAGGAAGUAAACGGGGAGGCAGGAGUAGAAGUGAGGGAUGAAGAGCACAACAUGAUAGAAGAACAGACAAGAGAGACCAAAGCUGCACCAGAGUCAAAAGACACAAAGGCAAUGAUUGGAAGUCAUUCUUCAGCAUUGAUUAAGCUUGAGAAAGGCCAGGAGCAGUUAAUAAACAGCAAAGAGGAAAAGGAACACCAGAAGGUGUCCACUUCUCUUGAUGCAGAGCAUGGUCAGCACUCAGGUACUCUAGUAGAAGAGCCAGGAGAGGGUCCACAGUCGUGUUCAGGAAACUCAGACAAAGCAGAAGUUGUUACUCUACCAACCAAUGGUGAUGUAACAGUACACUUUGAGGAUGCAUCAGGAGAUGUGACCCCUGUUACCAUGGGAAUAAAAGAACAAGUCCACUAUCAAGAGGAUCGAUGCCGAACCUCAACUGUUCAAUACAUUGGAAUACACUUUGAUACAUGUGCUAUAAUCCAACCGGUGGUAAAUCAGACGGACCAAUUAACCAGUGAGAAGAAUGAUGAGAUGGAAAACACUGAUAAGAAGGACAAAGCAGAAUCCAGCAAACAGGAAGUUGCUGGACAACAGGAGGGUUGUAUAGAAGCAAAAGUUCAGGAUGAGGUAACCAACGAGUUUGUGAAAGAUGCAAUGACCUCUCAUGAUGUCCUAGAAAUAGAGGGUGAAGUGAAUCAGAAGGUAGAGACACCGGACUUUGCCUUUGGAACCUCUGAAGAACAGCCACAGACAGAAGGAGGGAUCGAGGAAACAAGGAUGGCAAGGAUCAACAAAGUGCGAAAGGUUGGGGUUACUACUCUAACUGUGAUGGAUGGGAGAGGACACAGUAUGGAAGAGGACUGGAAGACGGGUGAUAACGUUAUUAGAGAGUCAAUGGGGGAAGAAGAGCACAGAGGAAGAGGUGAGCUAAAAGUGCAACAAGAGAAGAGUGUUCAAGUUGAAAACCAGGCUAAGGAAGAUCUUCCAGAACCACUACCGCAGUGUGCGGAGGAGGUACCGUUAGGCAAACAGCAGGAUGUGGAAUUGGACGAGGUGGAGGAAGUCUUUGAACUCGAGGAAGGGCAUGAAGAUGUACCUGAUAACGCUGGAGUAGAGGCCACAAGUAGAGGUAGAGGUGAUUCACAAGAACAUGCUUCACAGCUUCUCAAAGAAGGAGGAACCGAUUGGGGAGAAACACUGAGAAAACAGCUAAGAGAGCAUGCCCUUGUCGAAGAUGAGAAGGGAGGAGGAGCAGAAGAAGAAGCAAAGGAAGGAGAGGGCGAGAUGGCGGAAGAGCCUGUGACUGUUUUAGACGAUGAGAUUGAAGAGAUAGAGGACAGUCUGAGGAGAGAACUUGAAGAACAAAAGCCUGCCACCAUUACACCCCCUUCUGAACACACCACACUGGAGACAAAGGAUCAAGAUACUCAAGAACUGCAAGAAGAGAAGCUUGAACUUGUAAAGAAGGAUGAGAAUGAGAAAGAAGAAAAAGAAGAGGUGGAGAAGUAUGAGAGGCCAACUGAUGGCAACAGAAAGGUAGAGUUGGAUAUAAAUGAAAGAGUUAAAGGACUGAAACAAGCAAUGGAGAAUGGGAUCUUGUAUCGUGAGCCACAGCCGCUCAGGAUGGAAGAAUGGGGGACGGCACGAGUGCUGUCACCCAGAAGGAAAGAUAAUGACUGGAUUAAAAAGGUUCAACCAGAGGAAGAGAGCACACCAGACAUGAAACUCUGGAGGAAAGAACUGAGGCCUGUGAAAAAAGAUAUCUGGGAAUCUGAGGGGGGGAGAAAAGAGGCAGAGAAUAGCCCUGCGAGGAAGGAGGACUGGAUAAAGGAGCUGAAGUCAGUGAUCAAACAUGAGACCCUAUACAAAAAGAAGGAUGAGCAUGUAAAGAAAAAGCGAGUGGUGCUGCUGGAGGAUAGCCAUUCGUACAUCCCCCAGCGGGAGGAGAUGAUCAAAGAGAAAAGAGAGGAGGUGAAACUGAUCACCCACAAGAGGAUGGAGAACCCUUUGCUUGGGCACAGGAACAGCAGAACACCCCUAGACCAGGACUACGAGAUCUCCCUGUAUGUCAAGGCGGGAAGUGAUGGGGAGAGCAUUGGUAACUGUCCAUUCUCUCAGAGACUCUUUAUGAUCCUGUGGCUUAAAGGAGUCAUCUUCAACGUCACCACCAUCGACCUCAAACGGAAGCCGGCCGACCUGCAGGACCUCGCUCCAGGAACAAACCCUCCCUUUGUGACCUUUAAUGGCGAAGUCAAGGUCGAUGUCAACAAGAUCGAGGAGUUCCUGGAGGAGAAACUGAUCCCGCCACGCUACCCCAGACUGGCUCCCAGACAUCCUGAAGCCAACACAGCGGGCAUCGAUGUGUUCGCCAAGUUCUCAGCUUACGUCAAAAACCCGAGGAAAGACACCAACGACGCCCUAGAGAAGACCUUGCUGAAGUCUCUCCGGCGUCUUGAUGACUUCCUGAGGACCCCUCUGCCGGAGGAAAUCGAUGCCGACGCCUCAGGAGACCUGCCUGAGUCCUCCAGGAGCUUCCUGGACGGGUCUGAGCUCUCCCUGGCUGAUUGCAACCUGCUGCCUAAACUACACAUCCUGAAGGUCGUAGCCAAGAAAUACAGAGGCUUUGAGAUCCCAGCAGAGAUGGCAGGAGUGUGGAGGUAUUUAAACUGCGCAUACCAGAGGGAGGAGUUCACCAGCACCUGCCCCGCUGAGAGGGAGAUCCACUUUGCCUAUCUGGAUGUCGCAAAGCAAAUCAAAUGA